GUUGGCAACACUCCCGAGUUCUGCCAACAACACUAUCCAGGACCAAGACCCGACCGAAGGCUAAUAAUCUGCGUCAAUAACGACUUCAAAAAGCUACUAUUUGACCGACUCACGGAGCCCUAUUAUGCCCAUUAGCUAAAUCACGUCAGUGCUUCAAAGGUUUUUGCUAGAUAUGGUUCUAUUUCAAUUGCAACAGGAUGUCUUGCCUCUUCAGCCCUCUUCUCCCUCCCAACUUGUUAUGAGCAUCUCAGUAAAUGUCUCUGCAGCUGUAGGUACGGCAUGCGAGGCGUUUUUGUACGGAGUCUACUGCGCGUUAUUUAUUAUCUCUAUCGUAAUUCUCAUCACACGAUAUCGAGUAUCCAAUCGAGUAAUAUGGGUUGCGAACUGCCUCCUCUUUAUGACAUCGACGGCUCAUUUUGUAUUGGUGUUCACCCAUUUCUACAUUGCACUCGACCAUGCUCCGUUCUCAGAUUUCGGAAACGAAACUCCUGCACUAAUGGCAGCCAAUUUACUGAGUUCUGUUGCUGAUUUAGUUGGAGAUUUACUCCUACUCUAUCGAUGCUGGUUUGUCUGGGGGAAGAAUUUCUAUGUGAUUAUUCUCCCUCUGCUCACUGCUCUUGGGGGAUUUGGGUGCAUUUUGCCCAUCCCAUCCCUUGUAUUGUCAAUUGACCCGACAUCACCAGUUCCUCCGACUGGUAUCGUACCCUUGACUAUUGCCGGAUAUGUUUUGCCUCUUUGCACAAAUAUCAUGGUCACCGGGCUCAUCGCCGGUCGCCUCUGGAACAUAUCUCGCAUUCCCACCAUCGACGAGCAUGGAAAGCCGGUGAUUUUAAAAAUCACGACUGGCGGACGCCCGAUGAUGCUCAUCAUCGAAAGCGGUGCUCUGUAUACGGUCACGCAACUCAUUUAUGUCGUUCUCGUGGCCAUUCGAAAUCCUGCCGAGGCGAUAUUAAGUUAUGCUGGGACACAGGUAUAUGGAAUUGCGUCCACAUUAAUUAUUAUUCGUGUUGGGCUGGGCAGUUCGCUUGAGCAGACUGCACCGACGACUUCGAGUAACCUGAUAUUUUGGUCCCAGUCAUAGGGUACCACAGGUGGUGCGCUCAGUUGGCGCAUGGAGAAACAAUCAUUCAUUCGAUUCGCCAUCGACUGCAUAUUUAGUGCAGAGUUGGGUUAAAGUUGAAUCCUGGAUCGUUGGAAGAUAAAUAUAAGUAUUCGAGACAUGUACAAUGACCAAGGUGCUUGCCAUUUGGAAAUAACAAUGAUGUAAA